CAAAGCCACAUAUCAAAAUCAAACCUAUUGAGCUCUUUGCUAUACUUUCACCGAAGUCCAAUCUCAUUCUUUAGUUCUCUCAAGUCUCAAUCUUUCUUCUCCAACAAAAAAAAAAAAGGUCUCAAUCUUGGUUUUUCUUUAUUUCUCUCAAUUUUGUAUUUUAAACCAAAAAAGUAGUGUUCAUGGAUAACCAUGCACCAUGGGGGCAACCUUAUGAACAAGAAACAUACCCAACUUGUUAUCCAUCGGAUGAGAGAAUGACCAAUUAUCCUACAAACAACAUGCCAUCAAGCUCUUGGAAUCAACCAACUUUCGGCACAAUUGAUGAUAUGUCAAUAUUUGAAAGUGGUUUGUAUAGGCAACAAUAUGAUUAUUAUGGUGACAAUAUGUAUAUGGGUGAUAAUAACUACUACGGAUUUGAACCGAAGCCAGUGAAACCAGUUGAUCCAAGGUUGUUGUCAUUGUUAAAAUUCUCUAGGGAGCUCUAUGUUCGAAGAAAGGAAUUAUGCAAGAAAAGCUUUCCGAAACUUCAUGAUGAAUUUGUAGAGUUGUCUGAGAGAUGUGGUGGUGUUGUGCCUCAAGUACAAAUACCUCAUCUUCAAGUGAAUUGGAGAUCAACUCCAACCUUGCAACGGAGUUUGAGCGUUGGCUCGCCAAGAACACCAUCUAAUAGAGGAGGAGAAUCGGAUUUGAGGCUUGACCGGUUUAGGAUACGUACUCUAAACGUAGACAGCGGUGGCGGUGGUGGUGGUGGUGGUGGCGGCGGCGGCAGCGGCAUUGGCAUUGUUGUUCAAGGUGGUCAAGGGGAUACUACCAAUCCCGGUGGUUCUAAGUAAACCUUUGGACGGACGUGGAAAAACGUAAAUAUAGUAUGCAAAACCUUAAAAAAUUUAGGUGAAUUUUUUUUUUUUUUUUUCUAUUUUGUUUCUCAAUAAUUAUUAGAAAGAAUAUUCUUUGUUCCAGGGGAAUAUAUUUAGCCUGGAAUUUUCACAAAAAAUAAAACACAAGGGAUAAGGCCUGUAUUUUCAUCAUUAUUUUAUUCUAUUUUUUUUGAAGCUGUAUUUUCAUUAUAAUAAAUUCCUAGAGCUUUCUCCCAAUUGUUAAUUUGCAUGUAAAGUUUAAUUACGCUGAAGGGUUAUUGUAAUGGUGAGGAGCUAUCUUCUUGUUCAUAUAUCAGUAAUACUCAAUCGAUUUUCCCUUUAGAUU